AUGUCUUUCAUCGGGAAGCUGUUGAGUGGAGGAGAGAAGCUGACGAAGCCCUGCCGGCCGGAGGAGACGGAGCCUCUGCCGGACCGAGAGGAGCUGCUGGGGAAGAAAAGGGAGUUUCUGAAGAAGAAGAUUGACCAGGAGUUUCUGUUUGCCAAGACCAACAGUAGGAAGAACAGAAGAGGAGCUCUGCAGGCGCUGAAGAGAAAGAGGUGGUACGAGAAACAUCUCAAGAACAUCGACUGUGCUGUGAAGGCCAUGAGGUCUGCUCAUGAACACAUGGAGAUUGUCAACAAGCUGAAUGACGUGAUGAAGGAAAUCACAGAGGAGCACGAUCUGACCCAGGACAUGACCGAAACCCUCCUCAGUUCUGCCUGCUUUGAAGUGGAAUUUGAUGAGGAAGAGCUGCUGGCAGAGCUGCAGAGGCUGGAGAACAGUUUGGAUGAGAGUGUCUUUAAUAAGGACGCAGCGGAGAGGAGGCUGCCAUCCUCUGCAUCACCUUCUCAACCUGCCAUGACAGAGGAAGAAGACAUUGAAGGAGAUUUAGAGCGUCUGAGGUGCUGGGCGAGUGCUCCCUCAUAG